AUGGUUUCCAGAAGUUUGUGUUUUGACGCCGACUUGUCCCCUCCUCCCCAAACAAGUGACGACGACUUCAACGACGUCUUUUUCAGCAGUUCGAGUCCUUGGAUCGACGAGGAUUCACGAGACAGUGGAUACGGUUCUCCAAACAACCAGAUUUUGUCUCCCUCACCUAAACGAAUCUGCCACAACGCUCGGAGGAGUCUGUUUUCCAGGAAAAGACUUAGAGACGAUGAUGUUGAAGCUGACGUCGUUCCAAAACGUCUUCGACUUCCUGCUGCAACGUGUGACGUACACAGUGAUAUCACCCAGCGACUGGAAGGUGAAGGUCAUUUGAUUGGUGAUGGCUCUCAGAACCACUCCCUGCCUACCGUUUGUGGAAGUAAACCUGAUAUCGCAUCUAUUUCUUCUACUACCUUGUCCGAGUUGAUCGAUGGGAUGUACGAGGACGACAUUUCCAGUUUCCAGAUCAUCGACUGUAGAUACCCGUACGAGUUUGAAGGAGGUCGCAUUAAGGGCGCUAUGAACGUGUACAGACCGGAAGACGUGAACAGUCUGCUGAGAUCACAGUCACGUGAGGAGCUGUCACGUGACAAGAAGAAAGUUUUGGUCUUCCACUGUGAAUUCUCCUCACAACGAGCGCCUAAACUACUACGUUACCUGAGAAACGCCGAUCGUCAACUGAACAGCGACCAGUACCCCAAGUUGUUCUUCCCUGAGAUCUACCUUCUCAGUGGCGGAUACAAGUCUUUCUUCACCCAGUGUCAGAACUACUGCACGCCCGUGGACUACGUGCCCAUGCUUGACAGGACACACGCUGAUGAUCUACGUCACUUCCGGUCCCGCUCCAAGUCUUGGACAGCAGGACAGAGUAGACGACGAGUUGACCAGCUGCAGACGUUGUGUACAUCGCUGUCGUUCGAAUGA